AUGGAAGCUGUGUGCGCUUUUUCUGUUGGCACACUUCACAUCCCAACAGCACCUGAAACACCAGUCUCACUUAGGAAAUCCAUAUUCUUUAGCAACCAUGUGAAUUCACCAAUGUCUUUGGCCCUUAGGGGCUUUUCAAAAUCCAAGCUUUUCACUGCCUUGUCUCCCCCUCCAUUGACAGAAUCUAGCAACCAAGAGGCUGAGCUGGAAUUUGAAAGCCAAGCAGAAAAGUUUGAUUGGAAUGAGGGUGCAUGGCAGGUUCAUGAUGAUGCUUGUCCUCACAGAUUAGCACCCUUGUCUGAUGGAAGGAUUGAUCAAUGGGGCCGGUUGCAGUGUGUGUAUCAUGGUUGGUGUUUCAAUAGCAAAGGAGACUGCAAGUUCAUUCCCCAGGCACCCCCUGAUGGCCCUCCGAUUCAUACUUCCAAAAAAUCAUGUGUAGCUUCUUACCCAAGUAUGGUGCAGAAUGAUAUCUUGUGGUUCUGGCCCAAUAGUGAUCCUCAAUACAAAGAUAUUAUUACAAGAAAAAGCCCCCCACACAUACCAGAAAUGGAUGAUCCAUCGUUUACAAAAUUAAUGGGAAACAGAGACAUUCCUUAUGGGUAUGAUUUUUAG